AUGAACUUGAAAAAAUUGUUACCAAGUUGCCCUUACCUGUGAUUAGCAAAUAUCUAAUGAUAGAAACGGGCAUUGAGUGGCGUUACAUUUCACAGGCGGUGAGAAAGGCCAAGAUGCCGAUGGUGCCAGGAAGCAUUGCGAAAAUUCUCUGCAAGUUCGUUUCAAAAAAUCUGACACCUGAAGAAUUGGCAGAAACUGUGUCUAAGUUUAGAUUAAUUUAUUCAGAUGACGAUAACAAAUUUCAACCACCUCCGUUGAGUGACUCAUCUGAUAUUACUGAUUUAGCUGAUUAUGAAAUUGAAUCAAAGGAGAAAAAAUUAACAAGAAAGCGGGAGCGCAACCCACAUAACUGGAAAGUUGGAACAAUGAAACUUGGUGAUCUGAUAUACAUCAGUGUGCAAAUGAAAUCCACCCUAAAAGACGGACCAGUGCUGUAUAUUGCAACACCGCCUGGUCAACCGGUUGCUCUGGUCAGCUCUGUGCGAUCAUGGCUUCUAAAACACUGUGUUAGAGGACUUGGUUACCAAACAUUUGAAAAUGCACUUCUUCAUGGCAAGGACAAAGAUUCCUUGUUGAGAGCUCACAAUCCUAUGGAGAACGAGGUCGCUGACCACCUAGCUGAGAGGCCAGAGUACAGGCCAAUACCUUGUAUCACCCGAGGUGGUAUAGACUACACCGGAAUGACCAAUGAUGAGGAGUAUGUGAAACGGAUUCUUGGGCCAAAUCCACCGAUAUUGACUGAACUGUCCAUUACCACGGAGAAAGACAUUUAUGAUCCAACUGAAGGGACAAGGAGAAUGAAGAUGACAUUUGAAUUGAAGAGUAAAAAUAUUGCCAAAACUCUUCAGGAAUGGGUUGCCAAAGGAGCUAUUGCUCCCACCUCCGAACUAUUUUAUAUAUUUAAUGAAAUUAAGUCUAACAAAAUAAUGAUUGAUAAUAAUAACUAAAUCUUAGAUUAAGGAAUCGUCUCCGCUGCGCUCCAACUAGAUACCGUAGGGGUAGUCGCAAAGUGCGGCAACUAAUACUACACCCAAGUGGCCGUACUCGAGCCAGUCUCGAACAGUGUGUGACGUUGACGUGCCACAUGUUGUGGUAAAUUUUGUUAAUACUAUAAUGGCGGAUUGCGUAGUAAAAAUAAUAUUACAAGAAAUAAGAAAGACACUGUGAUCACAUAUCAUCAGUAAGUGUUUUAUAUUUUAUUAAUUACAAUGUAAAAUAACACGAAGCGUAUGUUACAAAAUUUUAAAGACGCCAUUCAGUAUCAAGCAUGCGGCAGGCGCGCGAGGCGAUCCGUGCGGAAAGCGGGGGGAGAUGUUUCCGCUUUUUUGUUUUGACUAUAUUCAACUCGCGCGAAAACUGCAGAUACAUUUCGAUGUGUCGUUAAAUUGUAAUUUAUUAAAUCAUCUCAUUAUUUUUUCUUGUAUGACAAUUUUGAAGCGAGCCAUCAUCGCUGUUUAAUACUAUACACACUUGACAUACGAGGGCGGCACUGAAAAUUUCGGGAAUCAAGGAAGUGACACAACAUUGCUAUUUAAAAAUGUAUUUAUUGCUCUUCGAAGUAUUCUCCGCGAAAUUUGACACAUUUUUCCAUACGAUGGAACCAAUCAUUGAAGCAACCAUUCCAUUCGGAAGUUGGGUCUCCAAAAUGGCCGUUUUGUAGGCGUCCACAGCUUCUUCAGGUGAUGAAAAUCUCUGACCACGCAAUUUAUUCUUUAUUUUAGGGAAAGUAUAGAAAUCAUUAGGGCUUAGGUCGGGGCUGUACGGCGGAUGGUCUAAUAAUUCUAUGUUUUCUUGCUCUAAAAACUCUUUUGUUCUGUGUGCGGUGUGAGAACUCGCAUUGUCGUGAUGAUGCGGCGGUUGCAGUUCUCUUUACGGAGUUCAGAAACGACCUGUGGCAAACAAAUGCUAGCAUACCAUUCUGCAUUAACCGUUCUUUGUCCCUCAAGAGGAAUAGUCGCAACAUGGCCGGUUUAGGAGACAAACGUGGCCACCAUUUUUUUUGCAACACUCCGUGAACAAACAAUUUUUGUUGGCUUCAACUCAUUUUCGAACACCCAAACUCGUGACUGGUUUUUUCUUUCGGGUUCGUACGCGUAUAUCCAGGAUUCGUCACCUGAUACGAUUUUGUAUACAGCAUUUGAGGAUCCUGCGUGAAAUCUUUACAGAGUUCUGACGCACCAAGUAUCGCGAGCCGCUUUUUGCUCUUCACAGAGCAAAUGCGGUAUCCAUCAGGAAAACAACUUUUUUACACCUAAUUGUUCAUGCAAGAUUAUUCUCAUGCCAAUGUCUUAAGUUGCCUGAAUUUCUUUGAAAAAACCUUGUGACAAGACCGAGAAUCUUUUUUUAAAUAACUAAAAAUUUUAUUCGAUUUUUAAAACCAAGGAGAAAUUAAAAAGAUUUUAAUAUGACAGGAACAGUGGAAAUAUUCCAUUCCCGAUACUUUUAGUGCAGCCCUCGUAUUAUGUACACUUGUAUCAAAGACUGUAUGCGUAAGACGACUGUAUCCAAAAACCAUCAGUACAGAUGAUGUUUAUGGUGUCAUAAAUUUCAUAGAACAGAAUGUAUCGAGUGUUUGACACGAGUAUAUUUCAUACCUAUCUUCUAUUCUAUCUUCUUCGUUUCCUUUUAUGUAUGUCUGAAUUGUCCAUUUCUAAUAACAGAAAUUCUUUGUACUGCCAAAGACUGAGUGAAAUUUAAUAAAGCAUUGAGAUAACAAUUAU